AUGGAAGAGGAGCAAGAGAUGAAGAUGGAUGAGGAGGAGGGAGAGAAUGGAGUGGGAGGUGAACUGGAGGGGAGAGAUGGGGUGGGAAAGCAAAGUGGAGAUGGAAAAGGAGUAAAGCAGGAGGAGGAGGUGGAUGAGAAAGAGGAUAGAGAAUUGGGAGAGGCACAAAAGAAGAGGAAAAACAAGAAGUCAGAGAAGGAAACAAAAGAGGAGAGGAAAAGCAAGAAGAAGUCGGAGAAGGAAACAAAACAGAAGAAGAAUGAAGAGGAGAAAACCUCAGGGAAAACUAAGAAAAGAACGGUGGAGGAAGGAGAUAAAAGA